GUGAAAUGAAUCGAUUGUUCGGAAACAAGAAAUAUUUGACACCAAGCUUUUUUUAAAUCGCACCAGGUGCUCAGCACGAGGCAUGAGAGUAUACUAAGUAACGGGAGUAAGAUCGGUCGAAGAACGGACUCUGUAAUGUCGCGCGCUCACCUUGCCAACUCAGAAGACUCAGACAACGAGACGAGAAGUGUUACAAGCGAAUCAACAACGAUCUCAGAGUCGGAUGCUGCCUCUCUCAGUGAGAGGAGCAAUCCAGAUAACUCGGAGGGAAAUGUAGAGGUCCUCUCGAUACUGGUAUUAGGUCCACCAACGUCCGGGAAAACAACGUUUAUCAAUCUCCUGAGCGGCUCCGAUUUUGAGGUCGGAUCGGGACUGCAAUCCUGCACAGCAGGCAUCCAAGUUACACCUCCGUUCCCUGCUAACGGCGGGCUUAUAUCGCUCAUCGACACUCCGGGAUUCUACGACCCAGAUUGCAACGAUGUGGAAGUUCUGCUCAUGAUUUCAUCGUUCCUCGCACAAGCAUAUGCGGAGGGACGCCGACUCUCAGGCAUCCUGUACACACAUCGUAUUUCAGACAUCCGCAUGGACAGCACAACCGAACGGAACUUCCAGCUGCUCCAGCAUCUCUGUGGCGAAGAUGCGUUCCCGAACAUCUCCGUGGUCACCACGAUGUGGGAUGAGGUCGGGUUGGAGCUAGCGGAGUCGCGUGAGAGCGAAUUGGCAGAGGAUGCAUGCUUCUUCAAACAGGUGUUGGAUGGCGGCGCAACCAUGCAGCGACACCAAUCGAUAAACGACCUGGAAUCAGCGCGAGCGAUCGUGGACGAGCUCGCAGUGAACAUCCCUUAUGCGUUGAAGGUCCAGAUUGAGUUGGUGGACGAGCAGAAGAAGUUGGUGGAGACAUUCGUGGGUCAGGAGCUCGAGCGAGAGUUGAGCGAACAGCUGGCCAAGCACCGAGUGGAGUUGAGCGGAUUGCGCAAGGAGAUGAAGCAGGCGUUCCGGCAACAGGACGAUGAGACGAGACUGGAGCUUGAGAUGGAAAGUCACAAGCUGCAGGAGGAAAUGGGUCGAUUGCAGGCUGACAUCGAGAGAUUGAGGAGCACGGAGUCUGAAUUUGCGACGAGCGAGACAGAAAACGACGGUAUGAACCAGAGAGCUCCAGCAACCACGGAGAAGGAGCCAGAGCAGCCUGUGGAGGAAUCAACGGAAGAGCAUCCUAUCGAAACGAGAGUCGCUGACGCUCCAAACGUCCAGGAUGCUGGCUUGAGCGCACCGGCAGGAGAGGACAAGGCCAUGAAGGAUGCAGUGCAGGAGAACAAGUCUGUGGAAGAGACCGCCGAGAGUCGUGGAAUUUUGGGUAUGAUCAGUGCUAGACUUUUCGGUUUGUAGGGUAAUGCUGUAAUUCGAUCCUUUCCUCCCUUUUCGUCG